CAAACAAACACACACACACAGCUUCUCCCCUGCUCGCUCCAACGCUCUCGCCUUACUGCACCACACACCCCAACGGCGCGCGGCGAGGUCUUCACUUGUGCUGGCCCUCAAAAAGUAAACUAUUGAUUAUUGCCACACCUGUUAGGAUAGCAAUCGAACUCGUGUUGGUCCAUUGAGCUUGAUUGAGCCGGUUAGCCAAUUUGGAGUUUCCCCGGUCAUCAGAGCCAAUAUAAGGACAUUUUUGAGUAUCCGGCCCUCAGAGGGGACAAUCCGGACGGUUCUGAGUAAAUCCGGCCCUCACAACGAAUGUAAGGACUGUAUUGAGCAUAUCCGGCCACCAGAACCAAUUUCCGGACAGUUCUGAACAUAUCCGGCCAUCAGGAACAGUAUAAGACCAGUUCUGAAUAUAUCCGGCCACCAGAGCCAGCCAUGAUGAUGAACACUGCUUACAGGGGGACCGGCGGAACAGUAACCCCCGGAACAGUAACCCCCGGAACAUGGACCCCCGGAACACGGACCCCCGGAACAGUAACCCCCGGAACAGUUACCCCCGGGAACUUGACCCCCGGCUUCCACACCCCCAUAACUCUCACCAAUAAGAAGUAUUAUGACAUCAUGGCCGCCUCUACGGCCAGCACUGUCGCCAUUGAUAACAAGAUUGAACAAGCCAUGGAUUUGGUCAAGUCCCACUUGAUGUUCGCCGUGAGGGAAGAGGUGGAGGUGCUCAAGGAGAAGAUCACCGAGUUGAUGGAGCGAAUCUCCCAGCUGGAGUACGAGAACACAGUGCUGCGGCAGUACGCGACGCAGGAAGCCCUUCAGCAGAUCCAACAACCUCGUCAUUCCUCGAACACAUGAACAGUCAUCAGCUACACUCCCUCCACUACUAUGCUGAUGCUGUGUAACUCAACAUAAAAGCUACGGCGACUUUGAACAGUGUGAUGAUGCAUUCGGGUGGGCCAGAUAGCCGCGACACACACACCCACGCCACCCAAGGCACCUAAUAUCUCUUACUUUAGGAUGUCAUCAUAUUCAUUAUCAUUAGCUCUUAGGUUUGUGUUCUGUAUAUAACUCCAACCAAGAAUUAGCAGGUUUAUACAGAUUAUUUUUGUUGGCCUUUUAAAGACUCGUAAGGAGUGUUGAGCGUGAUGUGUUCAGUUUACCUUCUUGGCUUAACGCGACCAUGACAGCCAGCGUCCUUGCGGGAGGGGGCGGCCAGGCUGUCUUUAUCACUUGCACCACCAUUCCAAGUGUUUGUGACCCUCCCUCCCUGCCUGCCUGCCUCCCUGCCUGGCCGCCCGUCCGCCUGCCCCUUUCCUUUACUCCCUCCCGCGGACCCACGCUGGCCACACUGCACGCUCCUACACCAGUACUCCUAAUAUUAUUGUUUUAUUACUGUGUAAAGUAGUGAGAUACUUGCCAGCUGGAAUAUAUUAAUGAUGUGGUCGUGAUGCAGGUAGUCAGCUAGGUCGUCCUCCACUUGAGUAGGACCUCCCACGGGGGCCCCGCUGUCGGCACGGGGUCCCCAUAGCAGCAGCUAACGAGAGGGCCACUCAGCUCACUCCCCGGCCCUCUCAACAGUGCCCGUGGUCACGCUGACAGUGCCACAAUAUGUUAGGUGGUGAGGGACAGCUUGUAGUCACAACUUGCUACUGUAGUAUAUAUCACCCCUCACCUCCUGCCCCCUGUCUGGGCGGGAGGAUACUGAAGGUGCUGAAUUUGGGUUAGCCAAGACGAGAGACCAUCUCAAACCACGUGACUGUCUCUCACAACGAGACAGUCUUGAGACAGUCUCCCACCACGAGGUACAGUCCUUCCUGUACCUGUCUGUUUCACUCGGUCUGUGAAGGACAUUGUGAUAACUUGUAGUCUUAACCCCCCCCCCCCCCAGCACGGCCUCCUCUACGCCCCAUGAAUUAUUAAGUUUCUCAUAUUGAGAAACUUAACCAAGUUAGUCAAAAAGGAGGACCCGUGUUACUGUGAGUCCCUGGCGGUGUUACUACCAUGGUGGCAGGGUCCUACAGACUCCUUUAGGUCCCUAUAAAACCCUUAAAGGUCUUAGAGAGUCCUUAAGGGUUCUAGAGAGUCCUUAAGGCUCGUAGAGAGUCUUUAAGGGUCCUAGAGAGUCUCAGAGGCUACCUGCCCCACCCCCUAGUCCAGCUCUUACCACUGGUAUCCACACACACCUCCCCCUCCUCUUCCAUCAUGUCCUCUUCUUUCUUCUCAUCUUCUUUCAUCUCUUCUUUUACUUCCACCUCCUCUUCUUCCAUCUCUGCUUCCUCCUCUCCUUUCACCUCCUCUUCAACACAGUUAUUAGUCAACAAAAGAAUUAUAUAAUUUAUCUUUUAAGGACACAUAAAUCUUCACACUCCAAGAAAUUGUUUGUAUUUGUCUGUCUUUCGCUGCUGCUGCUACACACUUAUACUUUACAGUGUCAAUAAUGUUAAAAAAGUGACACAUUUAAUUAAGUAGUGUAGCACUUUAUUGAGGCGAAUGACACUUGGGUAGAACUGACUUUAGGAAGUUGCUCUUCAAAAAGAUUAUAUUUUCCACUGUAUAUUUCUUAUAUAUCAUAGUAUUUGCUCAUCAAGUUGUCUGGUAUUGUAAAGAGUUCCUGAGGUGUGUCUUGCACACAUUAACUUUUGGAGUAUAUUAUUUUUUUUUUUGGGGGGAUGGUGAACGGAACUGGGACGAGUAUAGUGCUGCUGACGCACUGUUUAUUGUGUCUUAAGUUUGAAAUAUUGUACAUAAGGGAAGAGAUUGUCGACUCUAGUGAUCUGGACAAACUUUUGCAACACCAAUUCUCAUGAGGUGGUGCGGCUCCCCGCCCACCUACCAUACUGUACACAACAUUUGUAUAAGAAAUAAAGUUAUCAAACCUUAAA